CGGACAGCGAACGUUUCGCACCGGCACGAAUACGUCGGCUGUGGUCUACGAGAUUUCCAGUGUUUUGGUAAUGGCGUUCGGCGACAACAACUUACAAUAUUAACGUUGCUCGUUAGUGAAUUUGUGAUGCAUAAUUCUGUUUAAGUAUUAAACUUUAAUCUAUCUAGUAUUAACACUUAAUACAUAUUAUGUGUCCUGUUAUCGUUUUGUCGUAAUCUGUUAGAAAUUUGGAAGUUCGGUGUUAAAUUCGGAAUCAUAGCAUGUAAUUACUACAACGGUCAACGGUCUUUAUCAUGCAAACAUCGAAGACUCCGUUGUCAUUGUCACUAUAGUCUGUUUACCGUUUGCCGAUGCUAAAAGUUAUUGUUGUAACUUCGAUAGAUCCACUAAAAUUUCCAUCGUGUCAAGUCUGAAGUAUUAUGGCCAUCUAUUGUUGAUUGAUACGUUCGUUUACUACCAAGUUACCAAACGAUCGAUAUCACCAGCAAGUAUUGAGUUUGACCGAUGAGUCCGUCGGUGAUACCGUCGGACGGAUUGAAAAACAAUUGAUUAAAAAUGCUGUACGACGCUUAAGUUAAGGAACAACACUUAACGUACUAAUUUCUACAUUGAUACUAUAACUCUUUCAAAUAAUAAGAUGUCUUCUAAUAAAAAUACACCUAGAAUUAUGGUAUUCAGACCCACAUGGAAAGAAUUUCAAAAUUUUAGUAGCUAUAUUGAGUUAAUGGAGUCACAAGGCGCUCAUAAGGCUGGUGUAGCAAAAGUUAUUCCACCACCUGAAUGGAUACCAAGAAAAAAGAGUUAUUAUGAAGACGAUAUUAUGAAUUUGAAAAUUCCAGCUCCAAUAUGUCAAGUUGUUCAAGGCAAACAAGGGCUUUAUCAACAACUUAAUAUACAAAAGAAACCUAUGACAGUAGGAGAUUACAAAUCAAUAGCAGAGUCUGAUGAGUAUAAAACACCUAACCAUUUUGAUUAUGGGGAUCUAGAAAGAAAAUAUUGGAAAAAUAUAAUUUACAAAUCCCCAAUGUAUGGUGCAGAUGUAUCUGGAUCUAUUACUGAUAAAGAUGUUACUGUUUGGAAUAUUAACAAACUGGGCACUAUAUUAGAUUAUGUAAAUGAAGAUUAUGGUAUUAGAAUUGAAGGUGUAAAUACAGCUUAUCUAUAUUUUGGUAUGUGGAAAUCCUCAUUUGCAUGGCAUACUGAAGACAUGGAUUUAUAUAGUAUAAACUAUAUACACGAAGGGUAUCCGAAGACAUGGUAUGCCAUACCUCCAGAACAUGGUCGACGCCUAGAAAGAUUAGCUAAUGGCUUUUUUCCAACAGAUGCUUCAACUUGCCCUGCUUUUCUUAGACAUAAAAUGACUGUUAUAUCUCCUCAUAUGUUAAAACAAUAUUCCAUACCGUUUAAUAAAAUAACACAAGAGCGAGGUGAAUUUAUGAUAACUUUUCCCUUUGGUUAUCAUGCUGGUUUUAACCAUKGCUUUAAUAUGGCUGAAUCAACAAAUUUUGCAUCGCCACGUUGGGUGGAGUAUGGGAAAAGAGCUUCACAGUGUCAUUGCCGUCAGGAUUCAGUGAAGAUCAGUAUGGAUACAUUUGUCAAACGUAUACAACCUGAAAAGUAUGAGUUAUGGCUUCAAGGAAAUGAUAUUGGUACCCAUCCAGAAGAUCCAUCUCGUACAUUAGCUGCACCGUUACCUAGUAAAUGUGACAUAUUAUGUAACAAGAACAAUACAGGUAUUCCAAAACUUUAUAUUGAAGCUGGUAGAAAACGACAUCCUGUAACACAUAAACUUUCAGAUUCUGAAUCGUCUAAUAACACAACACUUGACAAUAAAAGUUUAGAUGUACCUUCAUCAACAAGUCUACAAGAAUUAGAUGAAAAGGAAUAUGAAGAAGAACAACUCAAUGAUGAACAGAGAGAAGUAAUGGAAGAUAUAUGGCUAAAAGCUGAUGAAAUGGAUGUCACUGAAGUAUCAUAUAAUAAUGGAAGAUCAAGGCUUUUGAAUAAAAAUCAGUCAAUCUUGGAAGAUAUAGAAUUUACAAGUGAUAGUGAUUAUUGCGAUAGUUCAGAAAAAAGAAAUGUCAAGAAAAGAAAGUCUAAGAAACGAGAAUCAAAAAAGAAUCCAAAAUCUAAGAAAAAGAAAAAUUCUAAAUCUACUGAGAAAAAAAUUAUUCCUACUGAUGAAACUAUAAACCAGACGAGUUCAAAAGUCAUUAGCUUCAAYGAAAGUGAUAAUAGUGUUAAAAAAAUAAUAACCAUAUUACCGUUAAAAGCUGGGAAUAUUGGUUCUAUGAAUAUUAAUAGUAUUACUGAAGAGACCCAAGUGAAUAAAAAUCUCAAUAAAAGUAUUAAUGAUUCAACAGUUUUCAACAAUACUUCAAACAAUGAUUGUUUAUUAUCUAAAAAAUGUGACAGUGUUAAUAAAAAGGCUCAUUCAAAUGUAGUUAUAAUAAAACCAUUACCACCAACUAACUUGGAGAAGCCUCCUAAUUCAUCUCUUACCAGUUCAAGUACCCAUGUCAAUAAAAAAUAUACGCCAGAUGAUAUGACUCAAACUCUAAUAAAUAUUAGAGCUUCCUUGAAUAAUUCAACUCUUGAAUCAAUACAAAAAACUCAUGCAGAAGAAUAUGUAAUUGACGGUAUACCAAAUAAUAUAUGUGAUAUGGUUAAAAAUUGUUGCUCAUUUGAGACUGAGCAACUAUAUAAUGUAUUUAGAAGUAUAGAUGAUCCAUAUUGUUCAUUGUGUAUGAUGUUCAAUCGCCAUCAUAAGUUAACUUUCAACUUGGAUUGGAAAGCAAGAGCAACUUCUUUCAUGCAUCCAAAGUUACCCGACUUACAGAAACCUAGCAAAGUGUUAUUUAAAAAUGCACUUUCUGGGGGUGACAGAGGUUUUAAGGCAGAUCUUAUAAGAUGUGAAAAAUGCUAUUUGACAGUUCACAAAGUGUGUUAUGGCAUCAAUGUAGACACAAGUAGACAUUGGUUGUGUGAUCGUUGCAUGAAAAAUAAGAUGCUUGCUACUUGUGUGUACUGUCCAUUAAAAGGAGGAGCUUUAAAAGAAUUUAAAUUCAAUGUAUGGUCUCAUGCUGAAUGUAAUCUUCUUGUGCAUGGCAGUAGUCCAUUGACUUACAACACAUUUUCAACAGACUUUUCAACCAACAAGAAGUGUGUUAUAUGCAAUUUAACUUGUGGUAAUUGUUUUCGUUGCUCUGAAGGCAAUUGUGAUGCUUGGUUCCAUAUUUCUUGUGGAAUAUUUGCUGGAUUCGAUUUUCAAAUUAACCGAAUGAACAAGCAUAUUUUAAUCUUUUGCAUAAAUCAUUGUCAUGUUAUGGAUAAACAACCGGUUGUUCGUAUAAACCAAAAAGUAUGGGUCAGGCACUUGGAACAUAGAAGAAUCAUUGAAUGUAAAAUUGUAAACAUUAGUAAAGGUCCUAUCUGCGUUAUAAAAUUCAGYGAUGGUUCAAUAUCAGACAAUAUUGCAAUAAAUGAAAUUAAGAACUAUACAGUCGAUGAUCUUCCGGCUAUUAAGGAAGAAGUACUUUUAGAAUCUGGUGAAAAAGGUUUGUUCCUGGGGUUAAUUUAUAAGACUAUUUAUUCAGUUAUAUAUAAUGAUGGCACAUCUGGUUAUCUGCAUCCUGAGGAUAUAUACAGUSAAGAUCAUCAAGGAAUGGCCCGUUUGAAAGUGCAUGCCAAGCGUGGGUUAACUAAAUAUCUAAAAGAAAAAAAACUAACAUGGUUACAGAAAUUUAAUAAAUUAUCCAGCAUUUUAGAAAUUGUAAGCAAUUUAUAAUUAAUAUUUUUAUCAUUGACAUUAAUUUUUCUGGUUAAGUUCUUUAAAUGUAUAUAUUAUAUAUAUAUAUUAAAUUAUAUAAUGAUAGUAAUGUUCCUGCAGUU